CUCCCAUGUGCGACGCGUGACGACCCUCACGUGUCGCUCGCUGUGUUGCUCGACCUCAGCCAAAGAAUUUGGCCGGAUGGGGUCAUUUGCUUGAGCUCCAAAUCGCGCCGUAAAAGGGGGAGACACUCAAAGAAUGUGUCGCCAAUACGAAAUAGAUGAUUCCAUGUUGCAUCAUGUGGUUCGCCAAGCGCCAGUUGGCUUGCGUUGCAGCAAAGCGUGUCGACCCCAACAAUAAACAACAACUACCACCCCCAAGAAAGCGGUCUAAUUUGCCUUCAGCACGCAGUGACAUAUGCCACACCACUUAUCAGAAGGAUCACCUGCCUCUGCAAUCAGCGUACUUUUUCGCGCAAUCUCAUCGCCACCGCGAUUUUGCAACCUCAUCUCUGUUUUGUUGUCACGAGAAUCGUUGGCGCGAAUAAACGCUUGAGUGAAUUCCGCUUCACUUAGCGCGCCUCAUGCCACGCGGCCACAGUUCGGCGUAAAAACCGUCUACGCCAUGUUCGAACCUGUACCGUCCCGUAUUUGUGUGGCCGAAGUUUUGUGGCCUCGCCGCCAUAUGACGCUUUGUGUGCUUGUGUUUGCGAGGGGUGUGUUUGUGUGCGUUGAGGGGGUGUGAGAGCGACUGUUGCUAUAAAUAUAAGUAAUUGUCGGAUGAACCUCACUGUGGCAUUCGGUGGAAAACCGUAGAGAAGCAAACAGUGUACAAAGCGUUACAGCAAGUGGAAACGUUAAUUCAGCGUUGUGUACAAUUUCACAACAUCGCUUAAUCGUUUUGAGUGCAAACUAGAAGAAGAAAAAUCGAACCAACAUCUGUUUGGGGACUACCUUUGGAGGAAAAGUUAAAACUGGCUCAUAAGUGCAACAGCACAAACGGAAAAUUAAACAUGGUUGUCGUAAAAGAAUCCAUUCCCACCUAUUCUAAGGUUGGCUUCAAAACUGUAGGAAUAAGCCUAAACGUUCGAACAACCCUGGUGGCGGCAUUGGCUCAGCAUCGAGUUGUGGUGGGAAUGUCCAAUGCCAUUCGUAGCCUUACGGAGGAACCACAGAAAUUCCUGUUCUGUUUUAUGGCCCCAACAAAGUUUCCCGACAGCGGGACCCACAUGCAGCAAGUGUUGCUGGAGGCAUUCUGUUUCGAGAACGAUAUUUAUAUCAUAAAAGUCGACAGCGCGGAAAAAUUGGGUCGACUGCUGGGCUCCUCGUCGCUAGCCUCAUGUGCUCUGGUGCGAAAAUGUCCCUGCUCCAGUGGAGAGGAUAAGUACACCCGAAGCGAGAACAUUUUGAUCGAUCACUGCGAGUUCUAUUGGGACGAACCCACCAAACCGGUGAUUAAAUUACCUGAUAAGUGAACACGGUAGCCGGUGCUUGACGGCAAAUGUCGUCUGUGGUCUAUUUGAACAACGAUAAGUUCAUAACUGAGCGUGAAAAAACAAAAAGGGCUGAUAAAGCUUGCUCUUUUUUGUCGCGCAAACGAAGCUCACGUUAUAGUGAGACUAGAUAAAGUGCGCGAUACUGAUUGAAGUGCCGAAGUGUUGUGAAGAGAUACUCAAGCAGAAGCAUCCGAUUAACGAAGACGGUAUUUUAACGUAGAAUGGACAAUAUUUAGGCACUAGCUGUGCGUUAUUACAACUCUAUGGAUAAAAGAUAGUAUUAUCUUUAACAACGAUUCGUUCGGAGAGCCACGAGUACUCUCAAUAAGCAUGGACACUCGUAUGGUUUCGGAUAUGGAUUAUGUUAUGUACUUUACAUUGAAAAAUGGUGUUAUAGGCAUACUGGUAACUAAUAUUGUAUGUUUCAAUUACAUUACCUUAGUUAUACUAUAAUCCAAUUAACAAAGGAAAGGAAUAAAUACAAAUUGACAUUGAA